AUGACAUUAAAGCGCAAGGCUUCGUUCACGAUCACGACGUCUCCUCGAACGGCGUCGACUUAUAAUAAUCCUACAUCUCCGAUUUCAUGUCUGCUCGGAGACGUAAUAACUAUGGACGAACCCCCCAAACACCUUAACAGCCGCACACGGAAGCGGUACAAACAGGACCGUCCAGAUGAACAGUCCAUAUAUGAUAAAACCCUUCGUUGGCUCUUCUCAGCACAGAAGAAGCAGCGUGACCGGGACGAGCCAUCAGCAUCCUCCAUGUCCAACGAGGUCUGCAUUGAGGAUGCGCUGCCCCUUCCGUCCAUUCCCGACCCCAACCAACAGACCCUAGGGAGGUUCUUUCAGCGUAUUCAACGUCCCUCCCAAAUGUCGCCGCAUUGCCUUUCAAAUAACACGUCGACGCAAACCUUCAUCUCUCAACCUGGCGCCAUGAACUCCAUGGGCCAAGUGAACCCGACCAUGUAUAAUGCCAAUUCUGGCAGCAUGGAUAUCGACACGGACAUGACGAUGGAAAUAGACUCUGGCAAUGAUUCCGUGACGUCGAGUCUGGCCGGUGAAAAGAGAUGGGUCGGUGGUAUCGGUUGGAUAUGAAAUAAUUUACACACUUUUCCUUUUUUUUUUUUUUUUUUUUGGCCCAUUCUCCCUAUUUUUCGAUUGUAUUAUGUUCAUGCGCAGCAUUUCUUCCAUGGCGUUCCGGAUCUGUUGAUCUCUCCCCUGCGAUCACUUGUGGGAUGGUACCAAACCUAUUCUUUUCCCUUGUUUUACUUUCGGCUAUGCUAUGAUCUAGCCGGAAGGCUUGGACCAAAAACUGGCGGACGGGCGCCGGCUUGGUCUCCCGGCGUGCAAGCCGGGGGGGCUAUUUCCAUAUUC